AAGCGCAAAUAAAUGGGGAAAUCGUUGAAAAGUACCAGGACUUUGCUUGCAAUGUUUCCUGUUUGGUGAGGAUUUAGACCUCCUCUUCCUCCGAUCUCAAAUGCCAACAACAACAGCCGUCGAAGCAGGAUAGUGCCUCGGUCUAUAAAGACGGAAGAGAAUUCCCAUUUUAAACUGAGGCUCAACUACCCGGUCCUGUGGGAUCAUGGCUAAAGAUGCUGGUCAGAUUGAAACAAACGGAGAGCUAAAGCUUUUCAUCGAUCAGAACAUGAGUCCCAGCAAAGGUGUCCUGUCUUUGGUUACUGUCCAGCCGACUGCAGCCCCUGUGGCCAAACAGCUUCUGCCCAAAACCCUCGGACCAUCCAACGUGAACGUCGCAGCCCACAUGCAACAUGUGUCACACGUGAUGAUUGGAACGCCUCAGAGACCCACAGUAUCUAAUACCAUAUUGGUAAAUAGUCCACACACACCCAGUUCCCAGUUCCUCACACAGAGUCAACCGUCGGAGUCCUCUCCAUGGUCAUCAGGGAAACGUGGAAAGAAAGGGGAAAAGAACGGGAAGGGCUUACGGCAUUUCUCCAUGAAAGUUUGUGAGAAGGUGCAGAAGAAAGGAAUCACCACCUACAAUGAAGUUGCAGAUGAGCUGGUGGCAGAAUUCAGCUCUGCAGAUAACCACAUGUCGCCGAACGACUCACACGCGUAUGACCAGAAGAACAUCCGGCGGCGUGUAUACGACGCACUCAACGUGCUCAUGGCCAUGAACAUUAUCUCCAAAGAGAAAAAGGAAAUCAAGUGGAUUGGCCUGCCCACCAACUCUGCACAGGAGUGUCAAAACCUCGAGGUAGAAAAAGAGCGGCGGUUGGAGAGAAUCAAACAGAAACAGUCACAGCUUCAGGAACUUAUUUUACAGCAAAUAGCCUUUAAAAAUCUGGUACAGAGAAACAGACAAACAGAGCAGCAGGCCAACAGACCUCCGCCUCCCAACUCCAUCAUCCACCUGCCCUUCAUCAUCGUGAACACCAACAAGAAAACAGUCAUUGACUGCAGCAUCUCCAAUGACAAGUUCGAGUAUUUGUUCAACUUCGACAACAUGUUUGAGAUCCACGAUGACAUUGAGGUGCUGAAGCGAAUGGGCAUGGCCUGUGGUUUGGAGGCCGGGAAGUGUUCUCCUGAAGACCUGAAGGUGGCGCGUAGCCUGGUGCCUAAAGCGCUGGAGCCGUACGUUAUAGAGAUGGCAAAAGGGCCGAUCAGGAAUGUCUACUUAACCGGAGGAUCCUCAGCAAACGGCGGCCGUUAUCCAGCGAGCAGCGACGGCGGCCCUGACGGCACGAUGGCCUCCAGCUCAAACGACUCCCACUACAGCGGCUCACGGGUGGAGACACCGGUGUCUUACAUGGGCGACGAGGACGACGACGAAGAGUACGACGAGAACGACGACGACGACUAAGCUAUCGACACCUCUCGACUCCAAUAAGCACAGUCUUGUCGAAACACCUUCACAGUGGGAAUUCGGUCCCUGUUUGUAUGUGCAACCUUCACCCCCGUUUCUCCGCCUGUUUUCUUUGUAUGGCUUUCUCAGGGGUGUCAAUGAAAAUAGAGAGAGAACAGGAGCAAACACUGUGCCCAGUUUUGUUUCUCCUGCUCCUGGAUCGCUUGUAGCCGCACCACAGUUCGGAGGGAGGUGUCGUCCGAGUGAACUCUAAUCAGCUGCCGAACCUCCAGGCUGAAGUCUUUGUCUAAUUCACGUCUCAGUAAGCCAUCCCACUAAAUAUUGUAUAAAAACCUACUGCUGUUGGAGAAUGUAUGAUGUUUGAAUAUUCCUAUUUUUGCUAUUCGCAGACACAAAAUUGAUCAAAUGUUCCGCAGUCGUCUGCCGUUUGCGCGUCACAAUGAAAUCUAACUGGCCUGAUAUCGCUAUAUCCGAGGAUGGGGCUCCAUCACCUGUCGAUACUUUUUGUUCCCUGUUUUUGGCAAUAAGUUGGAAUAGUUUAAUCCUCGUCAUGUUGGGCUGGCUUCGUUCUGUUCUAUAGGCAGCUGCUUUUCCUGUUCUCAUUUAUUAGUUCUUGUUGUUUUAUAUUUUGAAGUUGGAGAUUUUUUUCAAUCACUGCCCUGUUAACGCCUUGGUAGUGUUUACAUGAAUUUUGACACCAGCAGGGUGAAGACUUUGAUAAAAAAAAAAAAGAAAAAAAAAGAAGAAGAAACCAGGCUCUUGAUAGGUGGAUAAGCUUUGUUUGCAUAUACAAAUCCCAUUGAUUGUAGCUUAUAGAAUCCUUUUAGAGGCCAGUGGUAAACUAUAUUAGACCUUGGAACAUCGAUGUAACAAAUGUGUGGUUGUAGAGGUCUUUCUGUACUCCCCCCUUCAAAAUCCCCCCUUUUAAGACUGAGCAUCAUGUGUACUGACUCUUCCAAAAACCCGGUCUGUAAUCUAAUAUAAGUUUUCAAAUUAAAAUAUAGAUUGUUUUAAAGCUCUUUGCAUCAACACAUCUCUCACCAACAUUUCUUUGCGAAUCUCUCCACAUAGAUCCUUGAAAUCGUUAAAAUUGUCCAUGAAGAAAAUGAUUUUGAUUACUCAGAUUUGAGCCUUUACAGCAUCUAUCAAGUCACUGACUUAUAGUUGCUCUUUGAUCGGCCAGUCCAAGGAGAUCGGAACGAUAAUAACCACUCCCCUUUAUCACAAAAUGAGCCUUGGUAUUUUAAUCGGACAGCAUGUCACAUUUGACCCCUUUGAGUUCUUUGGUUCUAAAGAAAUAAAGU